AUGAAAUACUUAGUGAUAAUUAAACUUUCAACAACGGGCAAGGAAAGCAGUGGUGGCAGUGCCGAUUCUCCUGCGGAAGCCGGAGCCAGGAGGCCCGACCUACCCACCUUCAGGGCAGAUGAAGUCAGCCAGCAUGAUAACAAGAAAAGUUUCUGGGUGAUAUACAAGAACGGAGUGUAUGAUGUGACAAAGUUCCUCGUGUCGCACCCCGGAGGCGAGCAGAUCAUGAAUGCGGGGGGACUCAGCAUUGAGCCAUUCUGGAAUGUCUACGGCAUGCACCACACAAAGCAGGUGUAUGAAGUACUUGAGAGCUAUAGGAUUGGAAACCUACACGAAGACGACAUAGUAGACCACUCCAACGACGAGCUCUGGGCGAAGGAGCCCUACCGACGGAAGGAGCUCAUUGUGAAGACAGCUAAGCCGUUCAAUGCUGAAGUACCUCCUAAGAUUCAAGUUGAUCACUUUGACACUCCUAAUGACCUAUUCUUCGUGCGUCAACACAUGGCAGUACCAGAGCUGGACCCUCUCACCCACCGUGUAACUGUCACCGUGCGGGGGGAGGGGGGGAAGGCGGGGGGCGAGGCGAGGAGCUUCUCUAUGGAAGAUCUGGACAAGUUCCCGCAGGUCACCGUCAGGGCGGCGCUGAUGUGCGCGGGGAAUCGCCGGAGCGAGAUGAAUAAGGUGAAACCCGUGAAAGGCAUCGAGUGGGGCGGCGGCGCGAUCAGCAACGCGGUGUGGGGCGGCGUGUACCUGCGCGACGUGCUCAUACACUGCGGCGUCAGUGAACGGGACGUGGAGGGGAAGCAUGUCGUGUUCAACGGCGCUGACCUGGACGCGACGGGGCAUCACUUCAGCACCUCCAUGCCGCUGCACAUGGUCAUGGACCCACGGGCUAAGGUGCUACUAGCGCGCACAAUGAACGGAGAACCACUACCUCGCGACCACGGCUGUCCACUACGAGUGCUGGUGCCGGGCGCGCCCGCCGUGCGCAGCGUCAAGUGGCUGGAGUCAAUCACGGUGUCAACAGAAGAGAGCAAGGGCCACUGGCACACGUCGGACUACCGCUCCUUGAACCCUUCAGUCACGUGGGAGACCGUGGACUUCGCCUCCGCGCCGCCGUUGUAUAGUCUUCCUGUGACGUCAUACAUCUGCGAUGUGAAGCGGGAGAAGGAUGAGCUUGUUGUUAGAGGCUACGCCUACUCAGGCGGCGGCGCGCGCAUAGUCCGCGUGGACAUAUCCACGGACCGCGGCGCGUCGUGGCGCCCGUGCGCCUGCGCCGCCGCCGACCCCGCGCCGCCCGCCCAGCACUACGCGUGGCUACUGUGGACGGCGAGAGUGCCUGCGGGAUCAUGUAGUGAGGUGGAGCUAUGGGUGAAGGCCACAGACAGCAACUUCAACACGCAGCCGGAGACGUUUGACAACAUCUGGAACAUUCGCGGCGUGCUCAGCAACGCCUACCACCGCGUCAAAGUGCAGCUUUGAUUACAGACACUGCUUUAAU